AUGCCGGUGCGAACCAUGUUGGCCGCCCUGGCCUUCGCACCUUUGGCCAUAGCAAGGACCCAGGCAGCCGCCAAACCUGUCAGCGAGGUCGUCGACAUGCUGAAGGAGAUGCAGACCACCCUGGAGAAGGAGCAGAAGGCCGAUGAGGACAUGUACGCCGAACUCCGCGGCUGGUGCAAGGAGAACAACGACGUGAAGAGUGUCGAGGUUUCCGACGGCCAGGCGCGCAUCCAGGAACUCACGGGACUGGCUGCCGAAGCCAACGCCUCGGCGCAGAGCUUGGCAACUGAGAUGUCGGCCCUGGCGACGGAGGUCAGCGAUGCCACCGCCGCAUUGGACGCUGCACGGGUCCUCCACGGCAACAAGGUUGACACCUUCAACGACAACGAGAAGUCCCUGUACAAGGACAUCGAGGCUGUGGAGGCUGCUUCCACGGCAAUCAGCGGCGGCGUGCCGGCGUUGAUGCAGAUCCCGGAGGGACGCCUCAAGGAGAUGAGCGCUAAGCUGCAGGAUGCUGUGACGAGGCGUGCCCAGCGCUUGGACAACACACUCUCCGUCCGCGACCAUGAGCGCCUCGAGGCCUUCUUCCAAGAUCCAGCUGGCUUCGUGAAAGGUCUGAGCUUGAUGCAGGCGCCCAUUGGCGGCGAGCUCGCAGGCAUGUUUGAGGCCAUGAAAGACGACUUCAAUGUGGACCUUAAGGCCUUGCAGGACGAGAUGGCGAAGGAGCAGAGCACCUACGAUGAGCUGAUGGCCUCCAAGAAGGAGGAGAUCAAGGCCGGGCCGUUUGAGGGGCAUUUCGGGUGCAGAGGGCUUAGGGCCGCGUUUUCUCAGAGUUUGCCGAAACCUUUCUAG